AUGACUGAAAUUAAAGGGCAAGUGAUUGAGGCCAUGCAAGAAUCUGGACUAAGACCUAUGGAAUCCUUUAAUUACAUGUCAAAUGAAGCUGGAGGAGAAGAUGCUAUUGGUCAUACAGUGAAAGACCACAUGAAUUAUUGUUAUAAGCUGAAAAUAAAGGCCAUUGAAGCAGGAGAUUCUCAAGUAGUUUGUGACAAAUUACAGGAAGCUUAUUCUGAAGACCCUAACUUCUUUUUCAGAGUAAGGUUGGAUGCAGAUGGAAGGGUUUGUAACUUGUUUUGGAGGGAUUCUAUGAUGCUUGAAGAUUACAAAAUAUAUGGGGAUGUCACUGUUUUUGACACCACAUAUAGGACGAAUCGUUACAACCUCAUUUGCGCACCCUUUGUAGGAAUAAACAACCAUUGGAAGAACACUAUGUUUGCUUGUUCUUUUAUUGGUGAUGAGACCAUAGAGUCAUUUGUGUGGCUAUUUGAAACCUUCAAAAAGGCAAUGGGUGGUAAAUGUCCUGUCUCACUAUUUACAGACCAAGAUGCAGCCAUGGCAGCAGCAAUACCCAAGGUAUUUCCAAACACUAGACAUAGACUAUGUCUAUGGAAUUUGAUUCAAAAUGCUGUAACAAGAUUUGGAAUUUUGAAGAGUGAUGACACAUUCAAAGCCGCUUUCACAAAAUGCUUGAGUGGUUGUAUAAACGAAGCUCAAUUUGAAGUAUGUUGGGAUUCAAUGAUGACAAAGUACAAGCUGAAAAACAACAGUUGGUUCAAGAGGUUAUACUCACUAAAGCAUAAGUGGUCAACAACUCAAAGUAAGGACUUUUUUUCCGCGGGAAUCUUGUCGUCACAGAGAAGUGAGAGAAAAAAUCAUGCAGUGGGAUUUAAAGCAAACAAGAAGACAAGUUUGACAGAUUUCUACGACAUAUUUCAAAAGACAGUGAAGACUUGGAGAAGGAAUGAGGAUUUUUAUGAGUUCAAUAGCACAAAAUCAAAUGCUUUUGGUGAAAAAAUACCAACAGUUCACUGA